AUUUCGGAUUAACAAGUAAAUUUGGAAUAAGUUAAAAAAAUAAUAACAAUAUGAAUAAGUUGAUUUUGGCCACCACAAUCGUAACUAUGGUUGCUGCAGCUCAGUUGCCAUCGGCGACUUAUCUCCCGGGUGCAGCCCCUGGUCUGACUGCAGGCGCAGCUGGUGCAGCCGGCGCUGUCAACGGGAACCGCCUGGAUGCAGCGGAAGGCGGCGCUCGGCCGCAGCAAGCCGCCGACAGAAGUGCGGCCAUUUUGAAAAUGACUAACGAAGCUGGAGAGACUGGUUUCCAAUACUCCUACGAAACAUCAAACGGCAUACAAGCGGAAGAGUCAGGGACCGCGGCUCAGACGCAAGGCGGGUUUUCCUACACGGGGGACGACGGCGACGUUUACACCGUGACGUUCACGGCGGGCGAGGGCGGCUUCCGGGCCCAGGGCGCGCACCUGCCUGUGGCGCCGCCCACGCCCGUCGAGAUCUUGCUCGCCUUGAAACAAAAUGAGCAGGAUGAAGCCGCUGGGAUCUUUGAUGAUGGUUUAUAUCAUCCUGAAAAACAUGGAAUUGAAGGCAAAGGACAAAGCGGCGCAGGGCAAGCAUUUGGAUCUGCUACUCAUCAAGAAAACUACAACUCUAAUUCUGGGUACAGCUACUGAGAGCUCAAAUAAACAAUCCCAGAUAAUUGUGUUUACUAUUUAUUACAUUAAAAUAUAUUUCCUAGGAGGACCGAAGUUUUGAACCGCGUAGAUCCCGUUUCCGUAUAUCAAUAUAAAAGUAGUGUAUGUGCCAGACUAAACAUAUAACAUUAUUUAUUUAUUAUUUAUUUUAAUUCUUUAUUGCACACAAAUAAGAUACAAAAAAAGAGAAGAGAAAAAAAAAAUAGAAAAGUAAGAUGCGCAAAGGCGGUCUUAUCGCUAAAAGCGAUCUCCUCCAGACAACCUUAAAUAAAAUAUUUAAAGAAAGGAAAGCGGAUAGUGCAAUAUAACAUACCUAUAAUAAUUAUUUCUUGCUUUGU